CGCCGGUGCCGGUGCCUGGCGCGGCGCGAUGAAGUGGCAUGAGGGUUAUUUAGCGUGAUUGCAAUAUACGUUCAACGUGUUGCUAUUCGCUCCCAAGUGUGUAGUAAAAGAUACAUUUUUACAAAAUGAGGAAUAUGACACUUACAGAAAUGGAGCCGUUAAAAAUACAUUUAGAUUCGUUAGAAAUGGCUGGAAAGAUGGUGGACAAACAUAUUAUUGCAGAUAGCAACUUUCCAUCUUUAAUUAAUCUUAUGCGAUACAACGUGCAAGGUGGACCAACGGUUAGUGGUCUGGACGAUCAUGAUUAUCCUAACUUGAGUGUGUCAAUGAGUUUAACAAAUAUCAAUCAAAUGAAAAUACACAGCAAAAUUCCUUUGCCUUCUGAAGUAAUGGAGCAUUUUGGCCAUAUGCAAUGUCAUUGUAUGAUGGGUCUUUUCACAGAAAUUUCAAAAGCAUGGCUUACAAUUGACAGUGAUAUUUAUCUAUGGUCUUAUGAAAAUGAGUCUGAUGUUGCAUACUUUGAUGGUUUAAACGAGACUAUUAUAAGUGUAGGCUUAGUAAAACCCAAAGCAGGAAUUUUCCAGAGUUAUGUUAAAUACUUAUUAAUUCUCACAACUACAGUAGAAAUAAUCAUUCUUGGUGUUACAAUACCCGACGACACAAAAGAAGUGCAGUUAGUUCCAGAGCCAAUUUUUACUGUUACAACUGAUGGGAUAGGAAUUACCACAAUUGCUAAUACCAGUAGUGGUAGAAUCUUUCUUGGUGGUAGAAACGGGUCAUUAUUUGAAAUAUAUUAUCAAGCGGAGAGCAGUUGGUUCGGCAAACGAUGCAAAAAAAUUAAUCAUUCAGAAGGUCCGUUGUCAUUUCUAGUGCCGUCGUUUGUUACUAUGGCCCUGUCGGAAGAGGAAGCUAUAAUACAGAUAUCAGUGGAUGAUUCACGUAAUAUUUUGUACACUUUGGGCGAUAGAGGUACAAUUACAGUUUGGGAUAUUGAUAAUGGUGGUGCAUCUAAAAUCACAUCACUAUCCCAAGCUUCUUUGGUACAAAAUACUGUCCAUGUUGUUAAGACUCUGGAUAGUAACAAUUUUCGACCUCUUGUAAGCAUAUCGGCCAUAACAGAGUCCGAAUCGGUGCAUCUGAAUUUGGUCGUUGUUGCGGCGACGGGAACUCGGUUCUAUUUUAGUUGCACCUCCGUUACAAAUCCCUCAAGUAGGCCGCAAGGUUUAUAUUUAAUACAUGUCAGAUUACCACCGGGUUACGCUGCGAAUGCUCCGGUAAUGAGACCGCGGAAGGUGCAAAUGGCUUAUUAUCGGAAAGGGACACUUAUUCUUGUUUGCGGAGGUGAUACAGAAACGGCGUGGUGUUUGAGCAAUGAUGCUUAUCCAUUUACAAAUUACUUGGCUGAAACUCAGAGUAUCCUGCCUCUCGACAGUCCGGCCUGGGCUAUGGAGGAAAUCAUACGAGAUUCGGCUAUACACAUAGAGAAGCAAAGCAGCGCUCAGGGUGAACCUCCGUUAUUAGUGCGCCAACAUAUGGAGCCACCAAGAAAAUUCAUAUUUUUGACAGCACAGGGAGCAAUAAUCUUGAUGCAAGUACGUCCUGUAGAUAUUCUGAGACAACUUCUUUUGGAACAACGUGGGCCUGACACAGAAGCGGUACGCGCAUAUUUCCAAACUCAAUCUCUGGAACAAGCUUGUGCUACGUGUCUAAUUUUGGCAACGCUUGAAAGUUCUCAAAAUGCUCAGUUAUCAGAAUGGGCAACUCGUGCAUUUUUCCUAUAUGGUGGUCAAAGGACAGCGGGAAUAAGUUCCUCACUUGACAUGCAUAGUGGUUUUCCUGAUUUACGCACAUCUACACCCAGAGUUCCGCCCUUUGACUCGAGAACUCAAGUCUUCCGGCCGUCUGCGCAAAUGGGUCUUAGCACAGAUAUUGCUUUGCAACAUUUCUCCGCUAAACACAGCGGAUUGUAUCUUUACGUGGGAAGAAUACUUCGUCCCAUAUGGAACAUACGGUGUAUAAAACAAGAGACAAUAAAUAAUAAGUGUGUGAUAUCCAGUACGGUACCAGCAACACAAAUAGCUUGGAUUUUAGGACAUUUGCAAUCAUUAAGAUCUUUUUUGAAUAAAAAUACGCAUAUCACAAAACAACAAAGUACAAGUAGCAGAGGUAUAACAGAUGGGUUUGAAACAUCGAUUCAAAGUCAUUUUCAAGAACCAAUAGUGGAAGAGAGAAACUCGUUGGAUGCUUUAAAAGUUUUUAUCACUCACGCCUGUGAAGUUUUGGGUCUAUGGAAGAUAUUAUGCGAGAAUCAAUUGAACAACAUUGUCAGCUGUUUAUCAAAGGAUCAAAUUACUCACUUUUCCACAGCCACGUUUAGAGAUCUAAUUUUAAUAGGCCGUGAAAUAUCUUCUUUACUCAUUGUUCAUCUGAUUGAUAGUUAUCUCGGCGAUAAUGCGUCAGUCGAUUCUGUGAGCGCGAAAUUGAGAGAAGUAUGUCCGAAUUUAUACAGAACUGAAGAUGCUGUUUGUUCCAAGGCCAACGAAAUUCUUUUGAAAGCAAAAAACAGCACAAAUCCCGAGGAGAGAGAAUGCUAUCUCCAAUCUGCUUUAAAGCUUUGCAAAGAAGUAGCACCCAGAUUGAAUUUGAACGCAGUAUGCCAACAGUUCGUGGCGUGUCAGUUCUAUACAGGAGUACUUGAACUGUGUAUCUGCUGUGCAGAAAGAAUAGAUCCCAAUAACGCUGCCUCGCACUAUUACAAAAACAACGAACCGAUAGAGGAUCAAGAGGGAAGUCUAGCUUUUACAAAACGUUCAGAAAUUUAUAAAGAAUUUAUUACGAUGCUGGAUCACUUGUACCAUCAGAGCAUCUCCGAUCCUUUAACGCCGACUAUACCGAGUAAACCCGGACCUCCUUUACAGACUACGUCAACCGCUGCUGUAACACCGGCAAAAGAAAUAUUGCACGAGAUCAUAAGAGACGCGCUGCAGGCGCCAUGCGAAACGCUUCACUUUUCGAUUUACACGUGGAUGAUAGAGCGCGGACUUCACGGCGAGUUGGUCGCGCUCGCCGCACCCUCGUUAGAAACUUACCUCAGUCGCGUAAACGCGCCCGAGUUACUUUGGCAGUUUUACGAGAGAAAUAAGAAUCACGCAGCCGCGGCAAAGAUAUUGGACUCUUUAGCUAGCAAAGCCGGGUCUGAAGUGCCACUAUCAAAAAGAGUGGAGUAUUUAGCGCGAGCAGUUGUAUGUAUGAGAAGUGAUCAAACAGGAUAUGCUCCGUAUCUUGGGAUUUUCCUACGUGAAUUGGAAGACAAGUUGGAAGUAGCUAGAAUGCAACAGCAGAUACUUGAUAUUAUCAGCAAUCAGCAAAAUCUUUACGACUCGAUGCUGGUAACAGAUGCAAAAUUGAGACUAAAUUCUUCUCUGCUUGAUAUCACACAGUUAUAUGAAGAGUAUGCAGACCCCUUACAGCUUUGGGAAUGCAAGUUGGCCAUAAUCCAUUGUUCUGGUCAUCAAGAUGACAUGUUGAUCAAAGGAAUUUGGACCAAUAUAAUCGACAAUGAAUUAGAAAAUGCAAUAGAAUCUUCGAACGAAGAUAAAAUAACUAUUUUAAUGAGCAAAAUUAAAAUACUUGGCCAAGAAUACAUGGGAUCACCGCACUGCUUCCCAAUUGACUUCCUGAUAAAACAAUUAGAAAUGAAAACGUGUAAGUACAAAGUAUCUAAUAUUGCUAUUAUAACUGGAUUCUUGGAAUUGGGAGUAGCGAUGGAAGAUCUCUUAGAUAUUUAUGACAAAAUGAUUGGCAAAAAUACUCGUGCCUGGUUAAACGAAGGCAAUGAAUUUCAUCUAAUUGAAUCGACAGCAAGUUUAGUAAAUUAUUUUAUAACAAAUUCAAAUAUAACUAACAGUUUCGUCAGGAGAAAGAUAAUAACAAAAUGUCAAGAUGUUAUUUCCAAGUGUUUAACGACUCUCUUUAGUAAACCUAAUGGCGGAGAUCUCGACAGAGAAAUAGCAAACUUACGAUCAAUUCAAAGCAUAUUGAAUCGUAUGUGAAAGAUUUUUGUUACACGGAUGUAAGAGAAAAAUGUAUUUUAUACGAAUUCGAAUACGAAUCUUGAAGAAGAAAAUAGUGAAGCAAAUCUUUGUGACUUACAACUGUUGCUUGAUAAUUUGUUUUAUUUCCUGUACUGGCUGCACCAUCUGUUUUUAUCUAUAUUAUUACAAGGAAAAAGAUAGACUGUGAACUAGUGCAGAAAAAUAAAACAAACCUAAUGUUUGACACAAGAAGCAACUCACGAUUGAGAAAUAAAUUGCUCAGCUUUGAAAAAGUAUGUAAUCUGUUCACGUCAAGAAAUAUUGUGGUUUAUCCAGUGUUUUACAUAUUUGUACAUUCUAAAUACAUAUUGUAUAAAUCAUUUUCCGAUUA